GGAAGAUAGGCAGUUUAAAAUCCCCUCUGGGAAGAUAAUUUUUUUACAAUGCAAAAAUAGAUCAGGAGUAGAUGCAGUCAGUCCGACGUGCUGUCGUGGCCGAAUCGAAUCGCGCAGAGAGUAUGCAAUAAGGUGUGGACGAUGAAUGGAUACUAGAGGUUAGGACUCUAGCAGCUGUUUGGUUUUUAUGUUCUUCUGCUUUCUUUCACGACUGUAUUGACUAGUAGCAUUCCGCCGCAUCUUGAAAGCAUUGAUAAUUCCAGUUUCCGUUCGGCCACUAGUAACGUGGGCAUGAAUCACUCGACCAGAUGAUAUAUACGGGCCUUGUUUGUUUUUACUAGCAGUUUCUGGUUUAUUUUUUUACCUCGCUUGUGCUAUAGCUUUUGGUUGCCUUUAAGAAUUAUGCUCUACAAUUAAAACGCAAAGAGAUCAUGCACAGCUUGCUGCUGCAGGGUCGUCCGCCUCCGAAUUGCUGCUCGUUCCCCUACUUCUGUGGUAGUUGCAUUGAAACUUUUUAAAGUUGCAUGAUCAAGACCAUAUAGAAAUUUCAACUUAGCACCCAGAAUUAUGGCAGAACUUAAACUACUUCUACAGCAUACUUACACAGGAAAUGGAAAAGCAGUAGGAUAUGAAGCGAAGUGACUCUUACUGCGAAUAAGCACAACAAAGUCACGGUCACUAGCAAGCAACUGUCUACACCUUAAGCUUGGCACCAAAAAUAGUAGCACGAGCAAUACCAAUUAAAUCAAAAUGAGCCGCUUGUGAUGCGAUUACUCGGCAUUCAUCUACUAGUCUGCUGAGUGGUAAUAUGCGUCUUCACCAAACGGUAUCACUAUCAUUCAAAACAAAUGUAAGACUUCACGCCUCCGUCAGGCAAGCUCAAGGCUGUAUGUUGUGUAUGAUUUGAAAAGUUUUUUUUUCAUUUUUCGCGAGGAGCAUACCAACAACUCACUUACUUCAUCAUUUCGAAUGUUAUUCAUCCUCAUCCACAGAAAGUUCUUUAAAUACGAAUAUUUGAAAAGUUGAUAUAUCGAAUGGAUGGGCAUUAAAGAAAAGACAAAGCACAAGCAACGCAGCAUCUGUGAAGACCAAAGUGGCUGGUUACUCUACUAUGCUUAGAGGAUCUUUGACUUUGAGACUGUCAAUUCUCGUUCUCUAUCUAGAUCUUCUACAAUAUCAAAAGCACUCUCACUCUACUAUUUUGCCUCCGUUAAAUCGUGCCAUUCUAUGCGCUUUUACUAGAGUGCUUCGAUGA